CAGUGUUCGUGUUGAGUGUUGACCUGGUUUGCCGCUGCUGUCCAGUAACCAACCAUGAUCCUCCUGACUGCUGUGCUCAGUGGGCUCCUCUGCUCUGUCUGCAGCUUCACAAUACAGGCUACUUUUGAAAAGAGUGACCAAACUUCUGGCAACACCUUUGACGAUGACGAGUUCAGCAUCUCCUCCCUGCUGGAAAAGGCCAACGUUAACGUUGGAAAGAACUUGGAUGACCCUCUGGUGAUGUUUGGAGACAUAGCAAUGCCGACAGGUCUGCAGAAUGCCGAUCCCUGCACAGCUCGAGGCUGCCUGUGGCCUAAAAGCAACGAUGGAAACGUCUACGUGCCUUUCCGCAUCUCCAACCAGUUCUCCCAAAGAGAAAGAGACACCAUUAUCGAAGGUCUGAGGUCAUUUGAAUCAAGUACCUGCAUCCGCUUCAGACCCCAGCAGACGCAGAGGGACUUUGUGGAUAUUCAGUCUCUUUCUGGGUGUUUCUCCUUCGUUGGACGUCGUGGUGGUGGCCAGGCUGUGUCGUUAAGUCGCCAAGGCUGCGUCUUCAAGCAGAUCAUCCAACAUGAACUGCUCCACGCACUGGGCUUUAACCACGAGCAGACCCGGUCUGACAGGGACACUCAUGUUCGCAUCCUUCUGCAGAACGUGAUUCCUGGAAUGGAGCAUAACUUCAGGAAAAUCGAGACAAGGAACCUUGGCACUCCCUACGACUACAGUUCUGUCAUGCACUAUGGAAGGUUUGCCUUCUCUAGGAACAGGGAGCCGACCAUCAUCCCCAUCCCCGACGCCAACGUUGCCAUCGGCAGAGCCACCCAGAUGAGUCCCACCGACAUCCUGCGGGUGAAUCGCCUUUAUCAAUGCAAUACGAGGGCAACCAGGUAUGGGGUCAAACCUGUGCCACGACGCCUGUUCCUGGAGGUUUGAAAGACCCAAUAAUGACGAUCAUGCAGCUUCUUUUUCUUCUUCUGCUUCCUGAAUAUACUUCAAUAAAUUUCCCAACUUCCUUGAAUGUUUUGUUUGUGGUGAUCAAGUAAAGAAUUACGAGGAGAGGCAGCAUUACUUCAUGUUAAUAAAUCCCAAAUAUUUACAUGUAACUGCCAGCAAGCUUAAUGUAAUUCUACAACUAAUAAAAGGAAAUUACUUUCA